UUAACAGAACAUAAAGCCAGUUCGUUAACCAUUGAGGUAAAAUGUCAGACAUUUGCUUUUUUUAAACUGCUUUACUCAAGAUCCCCAAAUGCAUGAGGAAAAGUUUAGUCCUGUGUGUUUUUAAACAUUUCUGAAACAAAUAUCCGGUGCAUGUCAACUGAUGUAAAAACAUAGCUGUUUGUUUCCGAGAAACCUUUUGAAGUUUACUUGAAGGAAGCGAAGGGGCGGGGAAAGGAUAAACACACAACGUUACAUGCAGAGCAUUCCUGAGAGAGAGAGAGAGAGAGAGAGAGAGAGAGAAGUCGUGAAAUGGUGCUUGUGAUAAAUCCAACAACCCACUGUCACUAUUUCGCGAGCGCUUCUCGCAUUUUGUGAGUGAGUCUUCACGUCACGUGAGUGUGGAAGCAUUGCUGCUUCUGCACAAGUUUCGGACCCACUGAUACAUCCGGAGUUUAUGUUCAGUCUGUCCUCCAGGAGUAAGACCCCUAGCGAACAUGUAGCUACAAAUAUGCACAGUAUGGAUUUAAGGAGGACGAAGUUCGGCAGGUUUAUGAACAAUCGUGUCCCGUCGAGCAAGAGAUACCAGCCAACCGAGUAUGAGCAUGCAGCCAACUGUGCCACCCAUGGAUUUUGGAUCAUUCCCAGUAUCAUGGGAAGUACAGUGCUGUACGUCCUGUCUGAUGACCAGUGGGAGACCAUCUCUGCAUGGAUGUAUGGUACAGGUCUGUCUGGGCUCUUCAUCAUGUCUACCAUCUUCCAUACUGUAACCUGGAAGAAAAGUCAUCUCAGAAAGGUGGAGCAGCGCUUCCACAUGUGUGACAGAAUGGUGAUAUAUUUCUUCAUAGCAGCAUCCUACGCACCUUGGCUGAACCUGAGGGAGUUAGGACCCUGGGCUGUGCACAUGCGCUGGUUGGUGUGGAUCAUGAAAAGUAGGCACACACUUUUUUUGAAGAUGAACAAACUAUUAGAUUUGUUGUGCUACACUGCCAUGGGAACUCUUCCAGCACUUGUUCUUGUGUCAAUGCCUAAUCGAGAGGGCGUGUUAGAGCUGUCAGUGGGCGGAGUCUUCUACUGCCUGGGCAUUGUCUUCUUCAAGAGCGAUGGCCUCAUCCCAUUCGCUCAUGCCAUCUGGCACGUCUUUGUAGCAGUAGGAGCUGGUAUACAAUAUUACGCCAUCUGGAGGUACUUGUAUGUAACCGGAUCCAGCCAAAUAAAAAUAUCCAGGUGAAGAAUGUAGAAGCCCUGACGUACUGGAUUAAAGACAAUGUGACGUGCCUUUGUAUCCCUCUAUAUUAAUCAUAGAUGGGUUCGAGUACUGUUCAAAUUUAUUUUUAUAUAGAACAACGUUCAACUAAUUUUUUACAUAAAAGUGUUUUGGUGUGCAUCAUCUAGACACACUGUUUUUACAGAUAGAGUCUUAACCUGCUGCCAUAAAGUACUGUUCAGAACAUCAGUGUUUACAUCCUAUAAAACAUGAUGAAAUUAUCUUAUUAACAUUCCACAUGAGAGCUUCACUUACUGCCUUUAGAGACUUGAUCUGAACUCAAGUUCACAGACUGCACUUAUGACUAAAGUACAUUUAUUGACAGUUUUUGGCUUUCAAGUUGUGUUUUAUUGUGAGUUAUGUACUACUGUCAUGUUGUAGCAACAUGCUUAUGUACAACAGUGUUAGAAAUCGCUUUCUAAAUAUAAUCCCAUGGAUCUUUUGCGUUAUGGGUUUGUUUAAGAUGGAAAGCUGUACACUCUAAAAUAAUGCUUUUUACAUGGUAGGCUGGGUCUAGAGAUUGGGUCAAAUAUGACAACCUUAAAUUUGUCCAUAUUUGACCCGAACUUAGGUUUAAACAACCCAGCAUUAGUCUAAUGUAGAGGAUUCUUUCUUAAACAUUAAAGCAAUUCAACAAUAACAGGGAUAUUUUAUCUGUUAAUUUGAGCGUAAUGAGCUAUGGCUCUUGUAGCUGUCAAAACCCAGUAGAAUGUACCUUUCUAAAUAUGAACUUUCAUGAAAAUCUUGUGCAACAAGAGAUUAUUUUAAUGUUAAUCUAGUUUCUUUGAAUGUUGUCGGAGUUGUAACUUUUUAUUUGUGUUCAGUGGUUGUUGAUGCUGUGCUUCAGUUCACUAACUGAUAGAGCUCUAAUGUGAAUGCAGCUUUGUGCAUCACCGAAAGUUCUGGGUUCAAUACAAGUGCUUUCAUCUGAGGUGUGCUGUCAUUUUCCUUCACUUGUAAAAACGUGUCUACACUAGAGCUUGUUUAAAGCGGAAGUGUUUAAGUGUUAAAGCAGAUGUGUGCAGUUUGUUUUUCUGUAAUACAAAGAUGUGUUACUGGAUCAGUAAAUCUUGAGUGUCAUUGUUGCACUUGAGUGAACUAGUGUUAUGUGCGUUAUAAUUACGGUUAAUAAACAGAUUUUUGUUUCUCUU